AAAUGAUGACGUUUCAAAGAGGUUUCUGGGUCCUAGCUCCCGCCCGGUUCCUCCUCCUCCCUCUGGCCUUCCGCGCAUGCGUGCCGGGGCCUGCCCGGGACCUGACUUGAACCAUGGGGACGGAGCAGGAGCGGGAAGCCAAGCGGCGCCUGGUUCGGGAGCGGAUUCGGGAAUUCCCGGACUUCCCAUCGCCGGGGAUCCUUUUCCGUGACAUCACCCCUCUCUUGAAAGACCCCCUCGCCUUCAAAGCUGCCAUUGAUUUGCUGGAAGAUUAUAUCAAGGCCUCCCACCCAAAAUUCGAUUAUAUUGCGGGUCUCGAUUCCAGGGGUUUUCUUUUCGGACCCUCUUUGGCCCAGAGGUUUGGAGUCGGGUUCCUUCUGAUCCGGAAAAAAGGAAAGCUCCCAGGUCCCACGGAGUCGGUCUCCUACACUCUGGAAUACGGCAAGGCCGAGCUUGAAGUCCAGAGCGACGCCGUCCAGCCGGGUCAGAAGGUCAUCCUGAUCGAUGACCUGCUGGCCACCGGAGGGACGAUGCGGGCGGCCUGUGAGCUGAUGUCCAAGCUGAAGGCCGAGAUCCUGGACUGCCUGGUGGUCGUCGAGCUGACCUUCCUCAACGGGGCCAAAAUCCUCAAGCCGUUCCCGCUCCAUGCGCUCCUGAAAUACGACUAAAGGGCAAGUGAGAGACCCAGCUUUGCUUUCCUCAAAAGCAAUAAAUAGGUUUGCGAUUUUUGGCCUUCACCUCCUAUAUCCAGCCAUGCAAAUACGGGGAAUUGUGGUCCAAAAAAAAAAAAAGCCUCACUUGCAAGCGCCAAGUCUCACUCAUUAUCGGCAGAAAAAUCUCAAAAUGUUUCAGCUUCUCAGAUUAGAUCACGAUUCAACCCAAUAAGGAAUUAAACUCCUUGCUUUCUUCUUCAUCAUCACCACAAUAAUUACAGCUAAUUUAUUAAUCAUUGCCGGCUUUAAAAAAGCACCUCUACUUUUUUGCAAAAAAUAAACUCUCAUCAUGA